AUGCCAGUUGAAUCAAUAGAAGAUCCUUCUAUAAAAAUCAAACCAAAUAAGAAAUUAGUAGAAUUUAUUUGUAAAAAUGUAAAAAAAACAAAUAGUAUUCCACCUGCUAUUGUUGCUUUAAAAAAAUCAACUAAAGAUAAGCAAAAAGAUAUUUUAUUAAAACUGGAUGAAUUAAAAUGGUUAAAUAAGUAUUUAGAAGAAUAUAGAACCACCAACAUGGAAAGUAUUUAUUUACAUGAGCUUUUAGAAGAAGAUGAUAUCAAAUUACCAACUCCAAAAAUUAUACCAAGAAAUCCAGAGUUAGAAGCUAGAACACAAAAAUUGAAAGCACAACAAGAUGCUAUCAAAUAUAAAGCUAUGACAAAAAACGUAGAUACAGCUACAAUGAAAUUACCAGAAGAUAGUAUUUCAUAUCAAAUGAAGCAGAUAAAUAAGCAACUUAUAGCUGUUGCACAAUUUGUAUUUUCUGUGCUAGCAGGUUUUGCUUUUGGAUUUAUAGGUGUGGAGUUAAUAGUAGGAAAUUUAGAUUUUGGAUUUAGGUUGUUAUUAGGUAUAAUUUGUGCUCUAAUCAUAGCUUUGGCUGAAAUUUAUUUCUUGGCAAUUAAAUUAAAUGAGGAUGUAUAUGAUACUAUUCCAACAGGAUCAGCACCUAAAAAAUUGCAUCAAGAAUAAAACUUUAUAAAGCAUUGUUAUUAAAAUAUAUUCUUUUAAAUUUAAUAUCUUUUUGUUCUAAAGAAAUAAUAAUAGAAUAAAAUUAUUAUACCAAUAUAACAUGAUAUAAACAAUAGACACAAUUUAAAAAAUAAACACUAAAAAAUUAAUACAUUUAUUUCAUAUUAUAUAAUAAAUCAAUUAAAAUAAUAUGGUGCUUCUUAAAUCAAUGCAUUUGAAAAAAUAAAUAAAUUUUUUACUUUAUGCUUAUAAUUUUUUUUAAUAAUGUAUCUAUGAAUUAUAAAUAUGUUUUAUUGUGAAUAAAAAUGUCCUAUUUAGGAUAUUCAAUUUA